AUGAAUAUAGUUCUUAUAGCAUUUUCAGAAGAAUAACAAAUAUAAACAGCUAAUAAAUACCAAUUUGCUUCCACCUGCUACAUAACGUCUGAUAUUUACUAGCAAUAAAAAGAAUUAUGGAAAUUUGAUAAUGCUGUUGUUGUUCUUGAUUAAUUUCCUAUAAAUUUAUCUAAAUUAAAUAACGAUGAACACCUAACAAACAGCUUAGAUCCUAAUUUUUCAAUAUUUAAAACUCUCAAAUUAUUAGGGUAAAAUUAUUUCUGUCAUAUUUUUAGUUAUCAAUAAGUUUUAGUUUCUUUGGAAUAAAUAAAAUUAUAAUAAUACAAGCAGGCAAUUUCAUAAUUAGAAUAAAUUAUAAUAUCUAUAUUUAAUGAUCAAGAAAGAAUAAUUGAAGAGGAAAGAAAUGUCUUUUCGCUUAAAAAUCCAAUUUUGAAAGUUGUGUAAAAUUGCGAAUAGAAUGAAAUUUAAAAAUUCUUUCAUAAUGAAAUAAAUUUAACUACAAAUUUAAUUGAUUAAACAGAAUGUAUUGUAGUCAGACAUGAAGAACCAUUUCAUGUUAUUAAGGUUCUUUAAGGAGCAUUAUAUGUAGGAUAGCUCUUAAAAUCGAUCACAUGUUAGGCUUGGAUAUAAUAAAUAAAGAUUGGCCCAAGUGGUGAAGGUAAAAAUUACAAUAACUUAGUGCUUGUUAAAUUUGAAGAGAAUAAGAUAUUAUAAGGAAUUUUAUGUAGCUAUCAAUACUGUCCUGAAUAAAUCAAUGCAUUUGAUGUUGAAAUAUAAUUAAGUGAAUUACCAAUAUUGCCUCCAAGAGAUGUGUUUAGAAAAAUGGGUUAACUUAAGAUGAUAUUUUACAAUCAAGAAUUUUUGAUUUAGAACAGCCAUAAUAGUCCAAUUUAAUUAUUAGGCAUUAAAGAUAAAAUUAAUGGGAAAAUUACUGAAAAUCCAAAAAAACUUAAUUUUGGUAUAUGCAAGUUAACCCUGAAAAUUAUUCCAGAAGCAGAAAAAAUACUGUUAAAUGUUGUUUCAAAGCCUAUUGUUUAGUAUUUUUAGAUAUUAAUUUAGUUUUCUUAAUAAUUAUAAUACAGUUGUUUUUUAUGGACAAAUCACAAAUAUAUUAGAAACGAAAAAUAGAAAAAUAGAAUUAGCAUAAUAUCUUCCUCUUCCAAAAUUUGAAAGAAAUAAAAAUAUGACUUUAAAAAACAAUGAGGAUUUAAGAUACUUAUGUAGAAUUUGUAAGGCUAAAUAAGUUAAUAGAGUAUUAAAAGAAUGCGGUCAUUUAAGAUAUUGUAGUGAAUGUGUUGAUUUAUGUCUUGAAUCUAAAGAGUGCUUUUAUUGCAAUAGAUCUCUCAGUAAGUGUUAUGCUCUUUCUGUAAUAUAUUUGGACUAGAUAACCUUUGAUUAACUAUCAAAAAAGAAAAAUUAAAUUUUUUAAAUCAACCCUUCCAAGAUCAUUUAAGAUGAAAACAUUCCAACAUAUUUGAAACUUAUCUAUGAAUAAUAAAAGGGAGGAAAGCUUGACUAUUAGACAAUUUAUUGCAAAAUUUGCGACAACUUAUUGGCCUAAAGGUUAUUUUCUUGUUCUAAUGGACAUGUCACAUUAACUUGUGAGGAAUGUAAUCCGACAGAUUGCAAGGAAUGCAAAGCAGACAUGACAUAAAAAGUUGAAAUUUUAUAUAAAUUUUAAGAUGAUUUAUAUUGA